AUGAACGAACAGAAUCAAAAGUCGCCGAACGUGGGUUUGCUGGAUGAGGAGGGCAUUUGCAUGCUGUCCCUCGAUGGAGGCGGGGUACGCGGCUUAUCUUCACUAUACGUGCUCAAACGCAUCAUGGAUGGAUAUAAUGCCGAAAGGAAGAAAUUGGGACAAAGUCCACAGAAGCCAGCGGAUAUCUUUGAUCUAAUCGGAGGCACUAGUACGGGCGGACUGAUCGCUAUUAUGCUCGGAAGGCUGCAAAUGGAUGUCGAUGAAUGCAUUUUGGCUUAUAACGACCUUAUCAAGGUGGUCUUCAAUGAGAAGGCAAGGGUUCACCAGUCAAAGUUUAGCUUGCUGGGGCAGACGCAGGCUCGAUUCGAUUCUGGAGGACUCAAGGCGGCGAUCGAGAAAACUUUGAAGGAUAGAGGUCUAUCGUCAACAGACAGUAUGGUUGAUAGCCGUAAACCUGACUGCAAGGUCUUUGUUUGCGCAACCUCAAAGCUCGACGCGGCUGUAUGUCGAUUCAGGAGUUACAAUAGCCAUAAAAGCUCCGUUAGUGCGACUAUCUGCCAAGCGGCUCGGGCAACAUCCGCUGCAACCACUUUCUUCAACCCGGUCUCCAUCGAGGGCAUGAAAUAUGUGGACGGGGCUCUCGGAGCCAAUAACCCAGUCGACCAAGUUGAAGAAGAGGCCAUGGAGAUCUGGUGUCCGAGCACAGGUAACCUGCAGCCACUGGUCAAGUGCUUUAUAUCAAUAGGAACAGGCAGACUUCCAACAUUUAAUAUUGAUGAUCGAGUCGAUAAGUUCAUAGGUGCCCUGGCCAAAAUGGCAACAGAUGCCGAGAAGAUAGCAGAGGCAUCGAUUAAGAGGUGGAGGCAUCACUUUGAACAAGGGCGAUACUUUCGGUUCAACGUCGAUCAUGGACUACAGACAGUAGGGAUGAAGGAAUACCGGAAGAAAAGGGAGAUUCAGACUGCCACCGAUAGGUAUCUGGACAGCCAAGUCCAAAAUUUCUGGGUACAGAAAUGUGUUGAGAACCUGAUACUAAAGAAGAGAAGUGCCAGGCAAGAUUUUGAACUCUUGAUCGCGCCACAACAAGAUUUCGUGUUUUCAAGCCCGAGUCCACAGGGUCCAGAAAACCCUGAAGAGAGCCAGUCUCCGCUACCCGUAUCUUGGAAGACGAAACCACCACCACAGCCUUGCUUCCAUGUACCAACAAAGCGAUCCCCUUCCUCUAUAGACCGACCUAACUACCUCAAAAAAUUACAGGCCGCCUUCCCCCAAGAUGGACAUCAGAGAGCGGCACUCACGGGGCUUCCUGGAUCCGGCAAGACCCAAAUCGCAAUUCAAUUUGUAGAAUGGGUUCAUUCCUCAUACCCGAAAUACUCUAUCGUUUGGCUGUCAGCAGGCAACUUCGAGGAGUCCUACUCGCGGAUUGCACAAAAGUUGGAUCUGUUUCGCCGCUAUGAACAUGAGUCGAAGUCUACUGAUGCAAGAGUCCUUUUUCAUCGUUAUUUAUCGUCAGAACGUCUUGGAAGGUGGUUCCUCAUUAUUGACGACGCUGAUACCGACAACGAUCCAUCAAGUCCUAGUGCUCAGCCCAAGAGUGUUUUCAGCGAUCUACCUCAUAGCGAGGAGGGUAACAUCUUAUUCAUCACACAUUCGAUGAAAGCUGCAACCGCCGCGGUUGGAAAUCAAGUGAAUAAGGUCAUCAAAGUCAGUGGGAUAGAAAUGCCAGACGCAAUCUCCAUUCUAAGAUAUUCCCUGUUUAACAAGGGGCUGCUUUCAGAUGAGGAUAUAGUGAAGGAACUAAUAUCCGAACUAAAUGGCCUUCCUUUGAGUAUUCAACUGGCAGCAAGGUAUCUUAACAACCAUGCCCAUCUGACGAUAGCCAAAUUUUUGGAGUUGCUGCGCAGCCCCGGUCAAGAUGCAUUUCCGUUCGUCUCACAAAGUACUGACGGGACAAGAGAAGGGACAGAGUCCGAGGACUCCAUACUCAAGAACGCUAUGAAAUGCUUCGAGGCAAUUCAGAAGCUCAAUCCACGCGCCGCGAGACUACUUGAGUUCAUUUCGCAAACUGGACCAUCCUCCAUCCCAAGAACAAUUCUUGCUGGCCCUGGAAUCAAGGGUGGAAAGGCCGAACUCGAAGAGUCUAUCGGUAUAUUGUGUAGCUUCUUUCUCUUGGCUCCAAAGCAAGGGGGCAGUAUAUUCGACAUGCCCACUAUCAUUCAUUUAUGCAUCAGAGUAUGGGCUAAACAAAAGAAAGCUUCCAAGGGCCUGACGGAAAUAGUUACAAAGCGCCUAAACGAGCUUGUCCCGCCGGUGGAUUGGCCAAAGAGAUUAACCUGGAAGACGUACCAUGCCCAUGCUAUCCGUGUCCUUAAUAACUGUCAAGAUCUUGAUGUGAGAUUCGACGAUCGCUUUCAGCUUAUGUUUAAAGUCGGAUCUUGGCUCUUAAGGCAAAGAAACAGCAUCCUAGCAAUCCCAUGGCUUCAGAAAGCUGUGGAAUGGAUAAAGAAAUCCUCAUUAAAGCACACCAAGAGGCGUCUUCGCAUUGAACUCGACCUUGCAGAAGCCUAUGCUGAAACAGGGCAGUCAGCAAAGGCGAUUCAACUUUCGGAAAAGUCAUUGGUGUUCCAAGGGAAGCAUCUUCCAAAAGAUGAGAGCAGCUUGUUGGCGGUGUCAUGUGUUCUCGCAAAGUGCCAUCGUUUCAACGGUGCACCAAAGCAUGAAAUUGAUCGCCUGGAGAAGCUCAGGAAAGCUGGCAGUAAAAGAAGCGCCAUGGACAAGUUGAUACUGCUGGGCGAACUGGGGAAAUGCUACAACUAUGUUGGAGAGUAUGAAAAGGCAGCUGAUAUUCUCGAGAUGGGGAUCGAUGCGUCGGAAAGCACAAUUGCAAAAGACGACCCGAUUCUUAUUGCCGUCAAGAACCACCUCGCCUAUUCAUACGAGCACAAAGGCGAACGUAAGAAAUGCAUCUGUCUUCUAGAGGAGACUCUACCGAUCCAGCAGCAGAUCCUAGGCAAAGCACAUCUAGACACCCUCAAGAUUCAAGUAUCCCUCAUCGAUCAAUACUUAAAGAUCAAGGAGCUUACAAAGGCCAUUUCACUUUUAGAAGACCUGGUACCUAUUCAGAGGAAGACUCUUGGGCUGGUACAUAAGAGGACUAUGUCUUCUGAGAAUAGUCUUGCGGAGUCAUAUCUUCAGAACAGAAAUGUGUAUACGGCUUUGAAGUUGUAUGAGCAUAUGGUUUCUGUGCGUCAGAAGAAUUUGGGGUCGGGUGAUGAGCAGAGGAAGUGGGCGGAAGCGCGUUAUGAGAAGUGUAUUGAGACCUGGAAGUGGACCUGGGCCCGGAGGUGA